CUCAAAUUGUUUAAUGGCGACAAUGACAUCCAAAUGUGCAAAACGAUUGUUUAGUUCAGUUGCGAACGAUUUUUAUAACCUCAGCGCGCUUGCGCUUAAUGGUGAAAAAGUUCACUUUUCCAAAUACAAAGGCAAAGUUGUUUUGAUUCAGAACACUGCAUCUCUAUGAGGAACGACUGUGAGGGAUUUCAUUCAGAUGAAUGGUCUUUGGGAUAAAUAUAAUUCCCAAGGUCUUGAAAUUCUAGGAUUUCCCAGCAACCAGUUUGGGCAUCAGGAAAAUUGCAAAAAUGAAGAGGUUCUCAAUCUCUUAAAGUAUGUCCGACCUGGAAAUGGUUUUGAACCAAACAUAGAAAUGUUUUGUAAGGUUGAUGUAAAUGGAGAAGAUGCCCAUCCGGUAUUUAAAUUUCUAAAAUCCAAUCUGCCAAUACCAUGUGAUGAGGAUCCCAAUGGUUUAUUCAUGAGCAAUCCUGAAGGAAUUCUGUGGAAACCAUUGUUAAGAAGUGACAUUAGAUGGAAUUUUGAGAAAUUUUUGAUUGGUAAAGAUGGGAUACCAUGGAAACGUUAUGGAAAGAGCUUUAAAACUAUCGAUUUAGCUAAUGAUAUUGAAGUUCUUCUUGGUCAAUAACAUUUAAGGUGAAAGAAACACUGAUAUAACUAUGUUUUUGUGAAUAUUCUAUUUAUGAUAUGGCUUUUCUAAACUCAUAGGUAAGAGUAAAAAGUCUAUUGAUGCAUUCGAUGAAUAUUUUGCAAAUGAAUAACACAAGAAAUGGA